AUGGGCAAGCUCCUGCUGCUUCUCCUGCUACUUGGAGCUUUUUCUUUUGUGUUCAUCCAAGCUAAAACUACAGUGUGCAUGGUCUGCAACUCUUUUAAAAGAGGACAUUGUUUGUCAGGCAAGAGCAACUGCACUACUAUGUACAGCCCUGGAUGCAGAACCAGGAAUUUCUUCAUAUUCUCGCAUACAGGCAAGUGGGUCCACAAUCAUACCAAACUGGACUGCUCUAGUGCGUGUUUGGCUGAAAACAUGUAUGAAGGAAGAUUGAAGAUAUCUACCUUUUGCUGCAAAGGUGAAGAUUUCUGUAAUAAAUAUCACGGUCAAGUAGUGAAAAAGGAUGUUUACUAA